GUUUGUUUAGAUCGACGUUUCUUUCUCAGUUCCUCUCCAGUCUUCAAAGUUGUGUGAAGGACGAAACCAAGAAGGGGGCGUGAAAUGGAACGAGCUUGAGGGAACAGUUUCUUCGUUUUCUUCACUAAGUAAAGUGACCACCGUGGAAGCAACCAACAAAAAAAAAGAAAAAGAUGAGCGACAUGAUCAAGGAGAAGAAUGAAGAGCUCGAGAAAAUGAUCAAGGAGAAGAAUGAAGAGCUGACGAAAGUAAUAGAGGAACUGGAGGAGAAGCGUAGUGAGUUAGAAGAUUCGGAGUAUAUAAACUCCGCACUCUGCAAACAACUAAGCCAAAGCAAUGAUGAGAUCCAAGAAGCACACAAAGAAUUGAUUAAUGGAUUGAGAGGAUUAUCUCGUGAAAGGUCCACGGUCAGAGUAAAGAUAAUUGGACAAGUUGAUGAAAAACCUUUCCUCAAAGUAUGCGAGCAGAGAUUCAGUGGCCAAAACGUUGCGCUGCAACACGCCAGGCUUUGCUCGAAAUGGCAGGAACGCGUCAUGGAUUCACAAUGGCAACCGUUUAAAAUUCAGAGAUCUGGAGAUAAACUUGAGGACGUUGUGGAUGAGGAAGAUGAGAAACUUAAGAAGCUGAGUGAAAAGUGGGGAGAAGAUGUGAAGAACGCAGUGAAGACAGCACUCCAGGAACUGAACGAGUUUAACCCAAGUGGUCGGUAUCAAUUUCCUGUACUGUGGAACUUUGCACAUGGGAGAAAAGCAACACUCAAGGAAGGGAUUAUUGCGCACGCGACUCAUCAUCUCAAUAAUCUUAAACGCAGAAGACCCUGAAGCAACCACCAUUGAUCCGGUUGUUUGGUUGUAAAAACGUUUGUGGCUUCAAGGAAUAUUAAGUUUAACUCUUGACCUCUUUUUAAUCUAUGUUUCAUUUAAAACCCAUGGAGGUUUCUUUUGGAAUUGCUGCUUCUGUAUUUCCUAUGAAUAUAAAUCUAAACUCGUGUGUUGUUUUGGCAAACUAUGUACAUGUUAUCUAGUUAGAACAAGACGUG